ACAUCACCUAGACAAGACAGACGGUCAAAGCCAGUUGUUUUGGACUUGGCAGUGCAGAAUGUGCCCAGAUAUUCACAUUUGACUCUAUAGGAUUUUUUUGUUUUGAUUUUUUUCUGGCAUUUUACAUAUUUAAGUAUUGCCUGCAUAUUAAUUAAUUGAUUUGCAAAACAUCCAAACAAAGAAAUUAGUUAUAAAAUUAGGUCUGUCAUUGUUUCCAUUGUUGCACCAGUGCCUCCUGUGUUCCACUAUGCUGCUGGCCAUUGCUUUUUGUCUUAUAAUUUAUGCAAAUACCCAAUUUCUUCCAUUCCUUUGCGUGCAUGUAAGUCCGCAUGCCGCAUAGUGGCCAUCACCUAUGAAGUUUGACAUUUUUUUUCAGAAAUCUCGAUUCUGCUGGCAUGGUGACCUUGCUUUAAACGUGGAGAUCACCUUUUCAACUGUUGCCUAUAGACAAUGCAUUCUCUGAAUUUACUGACGCAUCGUGUGGGUGCGGCUGCAGAGAUCAAUCUCCAGCGAGGAUGAUCCUGCUGUAAAGCAUUAGAAUCAAUAUCCCAGCAAUGGUUAAAAAAAAUGUCUUUUUUUCUUUGAGCUUUGGGGUAAAAAAAGGGCUGGAGAGGAGUUUCCGUUGCAGCCAGGCAGCCAAUAGAGUCUCUUGUAAGCGCUCACAUGAGUUGCUUUUUUCCAGGCUGUUUUUAAUGACUGAUAUUGAUGUAUGGUAAUUUCUUAGCUGGAUCACAUGACACAAUUACCUCAGGAAUCGAUCAAGAUGUAUUGCAGGUCUGCCUGCGUUUCCGAUUUUUCCCCACUGUUGGGGUCUCUCCACACGCCCGCGGUGCUACAGAUGGACAAAGUUUAGCACGGCCGAGCCGCCAACUCCGUCCCUGUGUUGCAUGGAGGAAAAGGGAAGAAGAAAAAUGACGGAAUUCGACGAUCGCAGCUGUGCGUCAAAUAUGUUUUUGCCCAGCUGCACUUAUUACGUUUCAGCACCCGAUUUCACCUCUGUCUCAUCCUUUCUGCCGCAGACCACUUCGUGUCAGAUAAAUUUCCCCUAUUCGCCAAACAUACCCCAAGUCCAACCUGUUCGAGAUGUCGCUUUCAGGGAUUAUGGACUGGACCAUCCCAAAUGGCACUACAGGGGCAAUUACGCGUCUUACUACUCAACGGACGAGAUAAUGCACCGGGAACUGAUCCAGUCAUCAAGCGGCAGGGCGGAUGUGAUAUUUAAAAAUGAGCCAUUGUACGGUCACCACGGGGGAACCAGCGCGCAGUGCAAUUUCUUCGCCGGAGUGAGCCGAAACGGCGUUCUCCCCCAGGGCUUCGACCAGUUCUUUGACUCUCCUAACACGGAGCACCCCAAACAAAAGGCUGCAGAGCCUACUGCCCACGAUCACCGUGAUGAUGUUGACGCCACGAACAUCAGCCACGCUGUAACCAAACUGGAACAACACAUCGCAGAACCUCCCGGGAGCGUCGACGAGGACUCAUCCUCCAACUGCGGCGACAAGGGCAACCGACAGAGUUCAUCAGCCAAGUCCCGGAAGAAGAGAUGCCCCUACUCCAAAUACCAAAUCCGAGAACUUGAACGAGAGUUUUUCUUCAACGUGUACAUAAACAGAGAGAAGCGGCUGCAGCUGUCCAGGAUGUUGAACCUGACGGAUCGCCAGGUGAAAAUUUGGUUUCAGAACAGGAGAAUGAAGGAGAAAAAACUCAACCGCGACCGCCUACAGUAUUUUACUGGAAACCCUUUAUUCUGAUGUCCGAGGCUGACAUUAACAUCCAAAGACAAAUACAGACUGAACUAAAGAAGCUUCUUGGUACUACGUAAGAACUGCAACAUAAUUUGCCACAUAUUUUAGAUGGCUGGUACGUUUAUUUAAAGGUCUUCAUGCAUUUAUUGGCUUCAUCGGCAGAAUAUUGUCAUUUUAAUUUUGAAAUCAUAUUAAAUAUAUUCCUCCUUUAUUGCUUUUGUAGAUAUAUUUGUAAAAUGCACGUAAUAGAUGUUAUGUAUUGUGAAAUUAUGAGCAGAACAAAUGAGCUCAGCUACGAAAUUUGGGCUCAAAAAAAGAAAAAAAAAAAAGGGAUUUCUUUUAUCAUUACUGCUUUUGUCUUUUUGUGCCCAAAAACAUCCAGUAGCGCAAUUUCAGUUUGGCGCUUAGAUGCUUGGAAGAUCCCGUUGUUUCCUCUGCUUUGAAAAACCGAAUUGUUUGCUAAACCUUGAACCGUCUAGACAGCAUAAUAAAAAGUAGCUGUAAAGAUCUAAAUAAGGGGCUAUUGAACUGUCGUGUCUCAGCAACCCCAGACCACAUGAGGACCGAUCUUCUUUCCGGUCUUAAAGCGCUUAUUUAACUCCACAUUUAGAGACAUUUCUGUAACGUUUUCCAUCAUUCAUCAUCCAUUCAGUCAUGCUUUUUGGUAUGUCCAGGCGCCUGUAACGUUACCUGCAAAGACCGGGAAGCAGUGGGAAAACAUAAGGGAUGUUAAAAGUUUUUCCUUAUUUGCGAGCCGGUAAAAUGUGCUUGAACGUGCUGGAAGCGUGUUGGGAAGCUCCAUUUUGCAACAAUGUCCUGCAAAGAGUAAAGCCAUCUGGCUGCAACAAUUCUGCCCCUUUGUUGCAGAACUCUAAUAAUAAUAUAUGCAGUGCAGACCAUGAUCAUUAGUAUGGUCUCGCUGCAGUUUGAGCAGCAAUAAACGCGGGUGAAGUCAUGUGUGUGGAAUUAAUGUUUAAGUUAUUCCUCACGUCUUGCAGUCAUGCACCCUAAUCUCCAUGGGUCGUGAUUUUAUACUGGCAUGAUAAAGGAUCACUAACUGCGUGGAGUUUUUUUUUUUUUUUUUUUUUUGAAUUCACAUUGUAUCCACAUGAGGGCAGACUUUCAAAUCUAGCUGAGUGGAAACGCAGACUUUAAAUUUAAUAUGUAUCCAACAUGGAAAAGCAGUCCGAGGUGGAACAAUCUGUUCUGCCCAGGGGUUACUGAGAUUUUAUUUUAAGCAGUUUCUUCAGCUGAAUCAUUUAUUAGGGGUUUCAGAAUUUAUUUUUUUUAGCCUGCCGGAAAUACCCCCUAAAGGCACUUGUUUAAUUAGUAAUAAAUUAAAAAUAAGGCAUUUAUGCAUCAAUUAUUAUAUUUUUAAUUAAUUAUUUUUAUUUUCUGUAAUUGUUGUUGAAUAUGUUUUUUUCCCUUGGUUGUCAGUGUCCCAGUGUAUUAAAAUAAUUCCCAUUUACCAACCAGUCAGAUUUUCAACUGAGGUUUGAACUGAGUAGUUACCAAUUUAGUUCAGGUCCGUCUCUGGGUCUUUAGGGGCCAGUAAUGCAAACUAGUGACAGUUCUACAGGUUAAAGGUAAUAUCUAAUUUUUCUAUCUGUUAUUUUAUGAACAAUCAUCUGUCUUUGUCUGUAUCAUUUGAAACCUCUGAGAUACAUCAAUGCCAAAUUGAAAAACAUAUACAUAUAUUGUGAAUUUACUCUGUCAACCUUUAUUAAAACAGUCAAAACUGUGUUUGACCUGGGGAAACGCUUUAUUUAUUUAUACAGUAUAUCAGCAUAUAGCAUUACAUUAUAAUUUUCUAUCUAUCUAUCUAUCUAUCUAUCUAUCUAUCUAUCUAUCUAUCUAUCUAUCUAUCUAUCUAUCUAUCUAUCUAUCUAUCUAUCUAUCUAUCUAUCUAUCUAUCUAUCUAUCUAUCUAUCUA